AUGGAGUGUCUUGCGGCGGGCAGACACUCGCUUCAAAGGGCGAAAGCCUGUUCUUCACCUAUCUCACAUCGCUUACUGUCUUACUCUUCUCCGCAUCGACAAUAUGCUUUGAUUCCGACUCCUCGGCGCAUGGGCGCCAAUGACCGAGGUGACGCCCAUGAUACGCAUGAAUCCUCGGAGGGAACCGACACCAAAACCAGUACAAAACUCAAGCACACCCAGGCGCAUCCCUUGUCUGGAUACUACAAGCUGGUUUUAAAUGGUCGCUCUCCUUAUGAAGGCCGCGCCGCUUCCGAACGAUUGACCACCAUCAAGCCCGAGGAUAAGUCGCUACCCGCGUCGCCGAGCGAAGCGGAUACACCCCGAGACAGAAUGGCAAUUGUGUUUGGCACACGUCUUGCAGGUCCAGGGCGCCAAUCACGCUACAAUCCUGGAGAGACACCGCCAGAGCAUCUGUGGAGGACCAUCAAUGGAGUGCCCAUACCGCCCCGUCCCGACGAACCCGACAAUUGUUGUAUGAGUGGUUGCGUCCACUGCGUGUGGGAUGACUUUAGAGAUGAGAUGGAGGAUUGGGCUGCACGACUCAGUAAGGCCAAGGCCAAGGGAGGGCCUGAGAAGGGAACAACGGACAUGCACACUGCGCCCCGAGCAGAAGUUGAUUCGGCAAGCCAGAGUAUGGAUGACGAUGGGGGAGGGAGUGCUUCCAAUUGGUCUGCACCGAGUCAAGAUGACGAAUUGUUUUCCAGUAUCCCAGUGGGCAUUCGAGAAUUCAUGAAGACGGAGAAGAAAUUGCGGAUAAAACACCAGAAAGAAGCUUCGACCUGA